AUGACAUGGCAAGAAUUUAAGGAGCCCUUCAUGAGAUAUCAUUGUCCUCAGUCGGCUAUUGAUAAGAUUCAGGAGGAUUUCUUACGUCUCCGACAGAAAAACGAGUCAAUAAACGAAAUAUCAAACACUUUCAUGGAUAAGAUGAAGUUCUGUGGGGAUUUUGUGAAGACCGAAAGAAUGAAGAUCAAUCGGUUUUAUGGCGUAUUAAAGGCAGAGUUUAGGGAGUUCAUCACUCCCUCGAAAUGUGAAACCCUUGACGAACUUAUCAAUUUGGCACGGGAUAGAGAAAUCGAGAUUAAAAGGCAAGAAGAACGAGGUGAAAAGAGAUCGAAUGAAAAGGGGGCAAGUUCAAGUCCGUCCAAGAAAACAAAGUUUCAAGACCACGGAAAGAAAGACAAGUCAAGGGGUGGUAUUUCUCCGUGCAAGACAUGUGGGAAACUUCAUACUGGGGAAUGCCUUCUGGGUAAGAAGGAGUGCUAUAAAUGCGGCGAAGGAGGGCAUAGAUCCUACAAGUUCCCUAACAACCCGAAGACAUGUUUCAAUUGUUUCCAGAAAGGGCAUGUUAAGUCGGAGUGUCCGAAACUCCAACAAGGAUCCAAGAAGGAGGGAAAGAACGAAGAAAGCUCUAAGGCGAAAGGGAGGAUGUUUCAAAUCACAUCCGAAGAAGCCAAGUCCCAUCCGAAUGUGGUUUCAGGUAUCUUUCUAUUAAACUCCAGGAUGUGGUUUCAGAUUGAACGAAUGCCGAUGCCCUUAGAAGUAGAAAUAGCCGAUAGUAAGAUCUAUAUGUUACACGAGAUUUGUAGAAAUUGCAAAUUCACUAUAGAAGAUGAAGAAUUCAAUAUCGACCUCAUACCUAUGGUUUUGGGGGAGUUUAAAAUGAUAGUGGGAAUGGAUUGGAUGGCACGACACCAUGCAGAGAUUAAUUGUGAAAAUAAAAUAAUGUUUGUCCAAUCUCCAAGUGGAAGGCAACUGAGUAUUCAAGGGGAGAGAAACGUGGAAACAAAAUUAUGCACCCUUGUUCAAGCCGUAAAACACAUACUUAAUGGGAGUAGAGCAUACUUAGCUUAUGUAGUAGACGCUCGACAAACCCUCCCAAAGCUUGAAGAUGUUGAGGUCGUGAACGAAUUCCCGGAUGUAUUUCCGGAGGAAUUGCCGGGACUCCCUCCCGAACGAGAAGUAGAGUUUCGCAUCGAGUUGAAUCCGGGUGCGAAGCCGGUUGCGAAGGCUCCCUAUAGAUUGGCUCCCACCGAGAUGCGGGAGUUAAUGACAUAA